AUCACGAUCAAUCACAAACGGUGUACUCCACAUUUGCGAAUAGUAUCGUGCGUCUGACGGCAAAGGAGGAGGAGAUAAGGAAGCAUAAGAUCGUGGAACAACGUUAUCUAAAUUUCUUUACGAAUGGAUAUUUAUAAUAGAUAGCAAUGGAAGGCCCACUAGAAAUAAAAAACUCUAGCGCAGACACUGGACAGGAAGAGCCUAUAAAAUCUGAAGCUCCAGUACAAAAUCCUGAUAAUAGCGAACGAAGCGAUGGCGCUACCUCUCCACCCCCAAAUUGCAGCAUUUGCUUAGGAAAAUUAGUUAACACCUCAUUUACGGACAGUUGCUUGCAUCAAUUCUGUUUCAAUUGUUUGCUCGAGUGGUCCAAAAUAAAAACAGAAUGUCCUCUAUGCAAGCAAACAUUCAAAUCGAUUAUACACAGUGUGAGAUCGGAGGAGGAUUAUGCUCAAUAUCACAUACCUCGCGAAUUAUCUCAAAUUUCUCAACCACAAGUUCCUUUGAAUUUCAACUUUGACAUUGAUGACAAUUGGAGUGAUAUUGCGUUUCCUCGAUUGAGUCGAUUUUUUUACAGGACGACGAUGACUGGCAACCGUCGACAUGGUGUACUAUUAAAUCCAGAACAAGUUGCAAGACGUGAACAAUUGCCGAGUAUGGCACCUCAAGUGCCUAGAGAAGAGCGCAGACGUAGACGCGCUAAUCCUACAGAUUAUCGUCGUACCGUUUAUAGACAUGGUAUAUGGGCUACUUCAUUACCUGACAUAUUUGGACGUUUUCGCGAAUGUAGUGCCGAAUAUUACAGAAGACAACCACAAGAAUUAGAUCGCCUUAUACCAUGGAUAAACAGAGAAUUACAAGUUUUACUCAAUAAUGAACCAGGCAUUAUUGCAUAUGCAUUGAACAUAAUAAUGAAUGCCUUAACGCGAUUUGAUAUUAGAAGUCCUGAAUUUCGCAAUAUUAUACAACCUUUCCUUGCUGCGCAUACAGAUCAUUUUGCGCACGAAUUAUUGAAUUUUGCCCAAACUAACUUUGAUUUAGUUGGAUAUGAUCAAUCUGUUACUUACUUACCACGUGGUUUGUCAAAUGAAUAUGCAACUCGUAUUUUUUCACCUACACCUAGUAGCCCUAGCAGCAGCAGCAGUAUUGCUUCUGAUAAUUCAGACGUACGAAUACUCGAUGAAGCGAUUGAUUUAAGAGUAUACCGAAAUACCGAAAUGCCAAACACAAUAUCACACUCUAUCAACAUGCCAGGUCCUAGUACAGUAGUAGGGCAAGUAUUUCACAGAAUGGAAACACCUUACAAUGUACCAGAACUUUUAAUCGUUUCCUCGAGUUCCUCUGAAUCAGAUGGCGAAUGUGAAAUUAUUGGCUAUGUGAAACCACGUCAUGAAAGAACACCAGAAAUCAUAGAAUUACUUUCUUCUGAUUCUGAUCAUGUUUCUCAUGUAUCUAAUGAAAAUACACAAUCAAAUUCAAGAAAAAUAUGUCCGGAAAAUUUGACACUACCGAGUACAUCUCACACUGCAAAAGGAUUGUCUUCGUCAUCUUCGACAAGUAGUGAUUCUAAUUCCGACGAUAAUCCAAAACAAAGUAAACGAAAUCAUGGCAGCAAAUCAGGAAAAAGGACAGUCGUAAAGUAUAAAAGAUCAUAUGGGACAGAAAAUCGUAAUAAACGAUGCAAAAAAAAAAUAUUCAAUUCUGAUUCCAGCUCAUCUGAAAGUUUAAAGAAUGUAAUGAAACGUAAUGAAAAACGAUCGAGAAAAACAACGUAUAGAGUACAGGCUAAAGGUACAGGCCGAAUAAAGCUUAUUAAAAAAGAGGAAAGUUACUCAGAUGAAGAUUCAUCUAGUAGUGAUAGUAGUGUAGAAACUGAUAGUAAGACGAAAAUCACUAAAUGUCAUAGACAACAUAAAUCGAAAAGGAAUCGUUCCCCCAAUGUACACGAUCAUGCAACAAAAAGUGGAAGAACAACGAGAAACAAAGAAAGAACUUCAACUUCAGAAAAGUUGAAGUUUAAGAACAAAGAUCAAAAGUGUAAUGAAAGCAGACAAUCUAGAUCUAGAAGUAGCAGUGAAUCUUCUAAUGCUUCUAAACGAGAUAAACGGUCAAGUUAUAGGCACCGAGAAUCUCGAAACACGAGCGAGUAUGGAAAUCAAGAAGAUAGUGCCUCAAUAAAUAAUAAAGAUAUGCCAAGAAAUGAACAUAAAUCUAAAUCAAAAAAGAAAACGUAUUAUUUUGAAUCUUCUGAUUCAGAAGAUGAUCAUUUAAGAUCGAAUAGUCAGUGUAGUAAUCAUUCUAAUAGAUCCUAUUCGCGUUGGAGAAAAUCAAAACACAAAGACAAACAUAAAGACAAGGAACGUCAUAAAUCCAGAAUAUUUAAUUUAUCGCAAUCCAAUGCGAGUACAAUCUUAACAAUGUCCAUUUCAUCGAAAAAUGACACGUAUCCGACGAAACAUUCCGAUCGUAAUAAUUCCGAUUAUAAAGAAAAACAUUCGCGCAAAGAAUCGAAGUAUAAAAAGUCUGAAAAUGAAAAGAAGUCGAGAUCAAAGAAAAGAAAGCGUCGUCUCCGAUCUUCUUCCAGCUCUAAUUCAGGAUAAUAUUAUCAAAUACAUCAUGAUUUAUAUUAGUCAAUAUUAACAUUAGAUAACAAAUUUCGAUUUAAGAUAAUGGCAUUUGAGUUUUCAUAGUAAAAAAAAUAUAACAUUUAAUUUAGU